GCCUCGCAGCCCCUCUCGAGCGUCCUCAGCACCGAGGGCUCGCGAGUCCUGAGGGGAGGAGGCGAGCCCGGGGCCGGGCUCUGAGCUCUUUGGCGCCCCCACCCCCGUUUCGGAGCCCUCCACGCUGCGGCCGCUGUCCCCUCCGGACCAUGGCCGACGACGACGUGCUGUUCGAGGAUGUGUACGAGCUGUGCGAGGUGAUCGGCAAGGGUCCCUUCAGUGUUGUACGACGAUGUAUCAACAGAGAAACUGGACAGCAAUUUGCUGUAAAAAUUGUUGAUGUAGCCAAGUUCACAUCAAGUCCAGGGUUAAGUACAGAAGGUAAGAGAUGGAUUUCAAAUCUAAAGCGGGAAGCCAGUAUCUGUCAUAUGCUGAAACAUCCCCACAUUGUAGAGUUAUUGGAGACAUAUAGCUCAGAUGGAAUGCUUUACAUGGUUUUUGAAUUUAUGGAUGGAGCAGAUCUGUGCUUUGAAAUUGUAAAAAGAGCUGACGCUGGUUUUGUAUACAGUGAAGCUGUAGCCAGUCAUUACAUGAGACAGAUACUGGAAGCUCUACGCUAUUGUCAUGAUAAUAACAUAAUUCACAGGGAUGUGAAGCCCCACUGUGUUCUCCUGGCCUCAAAGGAAAACUCGGCACCUGUUAAACUAGGGGGCUUUGGGGUUGCUAUUCAAUUAGGAGAGUCUGGACUUGUCGCUGGAGGACGAGUUGGAACACCUCAUUUUAUGGCCCCAGAAGUUGUGAAAAGAGAGCCUUAUGGGAAACCUGUAGAUGUCUGGGGUUGUGGCGUGAUCCUUUUUAUCCUGCUAAGUGGUUGUCUGCCUUUUUAUGGAACCAAGGAAAGAUUGUUUGAAGGCAUUAUUAAAGGAAAAUAUAAGAUGAAUCCAAGGCAGUGGAGCCAUAUCUCUGAAAGUGCCAAAGACCUAGUUCGCCGCAUGCUUAUGCUGGAUCCAGCUGAAAGGAUCACCGUUUAUGAAGCCCUGAAUCACCCAUGGCUUAAGGAACGAGAUCGUUAUGCCUACAAGAUUCAUCUGCCAGAAACAGUAGAACAACUGAGGAAGUUUAAUGCAAGGAGGAAACUAAAGGGUGCAGUACUAGCAGCUGUGUCAAGUCACAAAUUCAACUCAUUCUAUGGGGAUCCCCCAGAAGAGUUGCCAGAUUUCUCCGAAGACCCUACCUCCUCAGGACUUCUAGCAGCAGAAAGAGCAGUCUCACAGGUACUGGACAGCCUGGAAGAAAUUCACGCACUUACAGACUGCAGUGAAAAGGACUUAGAUUUUCUACAUAGUGUUUUCCAGGAUCAGCAUCUUCACACACUACUAGAUCUGUACGACAAAAUUAACACAAAAUCUUCACCACAAAUCAGGAAUCCUCCGAGUGAUGCAGUACAGAGAGCCAAAGAGGUAUUGGAAGAAAUUUCAUGUUACCCUGAGAAUAAUGAUGCAAAGGAACUAAAACGUAUUUUAACACAACCUCAUUUCAUGGCCUUACUUCAGACUCAUGAUGUAGUGGCACAUGAAGUUUACAGUGAUGAAGCAUUGAGGGUCACACCCCCUCCCACCUCUCCCUAUUUAAAUGGUGAUUCUCCAGAAAGUGCGAAUGGAGACAUGGAUAUGGAGAAUGUAACCAGAGUUCGGCUGGUCCAGUUCCAAAAGAACACAGAUGAACCAAUGGGAAUCACUUUAAAAAUGAAUGAACUAAAUCAUUGUAUCGUUGCAAGAAUUAUGCAUGGGGGCAUGAUUCACAGGCAAGGUACACUUCAUGUCGGUGAUGAAAUUCGAGAAAUCAAUGGAAUCAGUGUGGCUAACCAAACAGUGGAACAGCUGCAAAAGAUGCUUCGAGAAAUGCGGGGGAGUAUUACCUUCAAGAUAGUGCCAAGUUAUCGCACUCAGUCUUCCUCCUGUGAGAGAGAUUCCCCCUCCACUUCCAGACAGUCCCCAGCUAAUGGUCAUAGCAGCACUAACAAUUCUGUUUCGGACUUGCCAUCAACUACCCAACCAAAAGGACGACAGAUCUAUGUAAGAGCACAAUUUGAAUAUGAUCCAGCCAAGGAUGACCUCAUCCCCUGCAAAGAAGCUGGCAUUCGAUUCAGAGUUGGUGACAUUAUCCAGAUUAUUAGUAAGGAUGAUCACAAUUGGUGGCAGGGUAAACUGGAAAACUCCAAAAAUGGAACUGCAGGCCUCAUUCCUUCUCCUGAACUUCAGGAAUGGCGCGUAGCUUGCAUCGCUAUGGAGAAGACCAAACAGGAGCAGCAGGCCAGCUGUACUUGGUUUGGCAAGAAAAAGAAGCAGUACAAAGAUAAAUAUUUGGCAAAGCACAAUGCAGUGUUUGAUCAAUUAGAUCUUGUUACAUAUGAAGAAGUAGUAAAACUGCCAGCAUUCAAAAGGAAAACACUAGUCUUAUUAGGUGCACAUGGUGUUGGUAGAAGACACAUAAAAAACACCCUCAUCACAAAGCACCCGGAUCGGUUUGCGUACCCUAUUCCACAUACAACCAGACCUCCAAAGAAAGAUGAAGAAAAUGGAAAGAAUUAUUACUUUGUAUCCCAUGACCAAAUGAUGCAAGACAUCUCUAAUAAUGAGUACUUGGAGUAUGGCAGCCACGAGGAUGCAAUGUAUGGAACAAAGCUGGAGACCAUCCGGAAGAUCCACGAGCAGGGACUGAUCGCAAUACUGGACGUGGAGCCUCAGGGAUUGGAAAAAUCUUCUGGCCAGGGGUGGCUAGAGGCAAAGUCUCAAUCCUGGUCCUGGUCUUCGACAUCCUCUCCUUGGGUUCCACACUGGUCUUCACCUGAACGUCGUUUUCUGCUGGCACUGAAGGUCCUGAGGACUGCAGAGUUUGCUCCUUUUGUUGUUUUUAUUGCUGCACCAACUAUUACUCCAGGUUUAAAUGAGGAUGAAUCUCUUCAGCGUCUGCAGAAGGAGUCCGAUAUCUUACAGAGAACAUAUGCACACUACUUCGAUCUCACAAUUAUCAACAAUGAAAUUGAUGAGACAAUCAGACAUCUGGAGGAAGCCGUCGAGCUCGUGUGCACAGCUCCACAGUGGGUCCCGGUCUCUUGGGUCUAUUAGGCCUCUUCCCAGAUCUCUGAUGCAUAACUGGGAGCCACCUCAUACCUGGAAAAGCCUCUUUGUUAUCGGCCUUGUGUCAGCAGGUCAUGGUCCCUAGAGACUACCUAGUUGUAGUGUGACCUACAUUUAUAAUUAUUGUCAUGUCCGAAUAGAUAGGAGGAGAAAAACAAUUACACACUAAUUUAAAGAGACAGUAUCUUUUUUAAUCAGUUCUCCUAAACUUUAAUAAAAUGUAUCUUUAAAUGUAUGUAUUAUUCAAUCCUUUGGAAUGUUAUAUUUUUGGAAAUCAUAGCUUUUUAUUUCCAAGGCCCCUAAAAACUGCACAAAAUAGAUGCUGCUUUCUAUAAUCUAUUUUAAUAAUAAUAAACAAUGAUUCUGUUACCUUGACUGGGGGUGGAACACUACAUUCUUUUUAGAGUCUGAUUUUAUGGGUUGGAAUAUCUUUCUUUCCUUUAUUUAUUUGAAAUAAUCAGUCUAGUGAUUACAAAACAGUCAUAAAUUUUUAAAGGCCUUUUUUCUCUCCUUUUUUUUUAAAUAGUUAUUUUUUUUUAAGUCCUUAAUGUAACAUCCAGAUAAUGUGAUACUGUCUCUUUGAAGCACCCUGUAAACCUUUUAGAGAUUUGAAGUUGGGUCUUGACUCUUAAUGCAUGUGGACAGUCGCGAGCGUUUAUGCUGUCGGUGUGUCUGUGUUGGACAAAACAGUCUGUAAUCUACAGCAAAGUACAUUCCGUUCACGGGGCACACCCAGGGGAAUAAGAAUAAAAUGCUAUAUGACUAAGUUGUAAACCUAUGCACAUCCCUUGCAUUUCGGGCAACUUUAUAAAAAAAAAAAAAAGAAACUGAUUUUUAUUAAUAAUAAUCAUGUAGUGAGAUGUGUUUGUAAUUUUGUCUCAAUUUAAUUUGUUGUAAGGUGGGAGGGGGAAUUGCUGGUUUCACCAUUUCAGAUCUGUGUUGUCUGAGAGUAUUAACGUUUUAAUUAAGCAGAGAAAUGAGGAUUUUUAAUAUGUAUGUAAUUGUUUUAAAGCACCCAUUUUAAGAGAAUAUACUGUGCAAUGAAGAAACCAGUUUAGGCAUUUGCUAUAAACUGAAUUAUUCCAAAAGGAUAAUCUAUAACAGCCCUGUAAAUUCCUUUAAAAUGAUAACAGGACAGUUUGACCAAUUUUUUUUAAAUAUACUUCCUUUUAUGUGUUCAAUAAUUAAAUGCCUUUGGGUCCUUCAUUUCAUUAUAGAUCUGUUCAGGUUUACAAACCAAUAAUCUUUUAGAUUUUAUAAUCCAGUAGAUGCUCCUUGAACCCCUUGAAGGCCCAAAAGUGACUAUCAGUUGACAGGAUAACAAAAUCCUCUGCUGGCGCAGAGCCUGGACCAUAUCUGGCUCCCAGAGGUCAGUGCACCGAGGGCCCCCCGACCCAGGUACUGGAGGCCACCUGUGCUUUCUCCUUCCUCUUGCUAUAUCCCUUGGCACAGGAGAAUCAUCUUCCCUUGUGGCUUUAGAGACAUUAAUCAUCUCAUCACCCUUCCAUGAGGUCACGUUCUGCCAGUCCGGAAGUCAGGCUUAGGGUUUUCCAACUCUUUGCCCACAGACAGUGGAAGGUUUCUCUCAGCGUGUCAGCAUGUGAGUGGGUCUCUUAACCUGUGAUCAUGUUUGCUUCUUGUCAGUGAGAUGGCCUCGUUGCCUUGCGCCUCGGCAGACUGUGCAGGGUGCAUCCUGAGCUGAACAGCUCCUCUUGAAGGACCAAAUAGAGAAGGCAUUUCUAUAUUCCUUUCACAUUUUUUGCCCUCCCCCUCCCACCUACUCUUAUUAAAAGAUGCUGAUUUUUUUUCUUGGAUGUUGUCCUUUAUCGGCGACCAGAUGGGUGCAACUUGCUGAUACGGGUGGGGCCCCCACAGCAAGGUGACUGAAUCACCAGCCAGAGGUACCCGGUUGGAGAGAGCAGUCCAGAGAGAGAUUUAGGGCUGUGUGAGGGUUGACUUAAACCUAACCUAUGCCAAGACCAGACAGUCAUUCGGUGAUGGUACGGACCAUAAUCUGGGUUCUUCUCAGCGUGAAAUCGCCCACUCUACCUCUUUUCCAGUGAAGCACAAAUAAUACAGCUAACACAUAGGGAACUGAAACUCCCUUCCUCUGGUAGAAACCCCCCCGACUCCCAAUUGCCCCUUGAGACCAAGUCUCCAAAUGGUUGACAGUGCUUGUCUUGAGUCAUCCACCAUGUUGACAGAGGUGGUUUAAGUGGAGGGAAAAGCAAUGCCGGCUUAAAUGUCUGUGGCCCCGGAAUCGAGUGACUCUGUGGCGCUCGGCCUCUCAAUUGCUUUGUGUGUCCUGGGAGACAGACCCAGGCAGACACUGCUCUUGUGGCUGUGUGGAUGGCAAAAUUCCUGCACCCAGACCUCAUUCUAUCUGGCUUCUCAAAGAGGUCAUCAGUUCAGUUCUGCUAAUUCUCUCUAAAGCAGUGUCUUUAUGACCUAGCUGAAAAUGCUUUUAUUUCUGAAUUCAGAGUAAUUUCGAUGCAUUUCUUCUUCUGCUGCUGCUGCUGCUAUAUUGCAAUUGUCCACUAAGCAGCAAUCAGGGAAAAUUGCUAAAAGCUUCUUUACUGCUUCCAUUCCAUCAGCAAAACCAUUUUUCCCCCUUUUAAAGAGCAGAGAGAAUGAUUAGAUUACUAAAUCUUAUCAUUGGUCAAUGGAAGAGCCAUAUUCUAAGGGUUCUUCUCUUCCUUACCCUCCUCCCCUAAACAAAAAGGGGGGGAGGUGUUUAUAAUAUGUUGAAUUAUUUGUUAAGAAAUGUCCUGAUUGUCUGAAAAGGCAGUAAUUGCACGUGCGUCAUAUUUGUUAUUAACCCUAAAAAGGAAAAUUGCUCAACUUAAUUCAUCUGGAAGUUUCCCAAAAAAUAAUAGGGUAACCUUUUAAAAUAUAAUCAAUAAUUAAGUAUACCUCCUGUCAGGCGAGAUGGUUUAAAACAUUUGCUCAGAGAGGAAAAGAAAACAGGUGACCUACUUCUUGCUCUCUGCAUUCAGAAGGCGUCUUUCGAGCACCUCCCAUUGGUGGCAGAAUGGCUCAAGAUGCUCCGGAGCCCUCUGCGUGAAGAAUGCAGAGCGCUCCUCUUCCCACGCCCAGUUCUCUCUCACUCUGCAGGCCACUCUGCGGGCCACUGGUUAGGCCUGGACUACAAAGGUCUUUUUAAAGCCUUUGAUCUCAUCACUGCAGAGGAGGGUUUUUGUUUGUUUGUUGCUUGUAGUUAUCUGCUCAUUAAGCCUUCCAGCUCAUUCCUUGACAAGGGUAGUCAGUUGAGCCACCCCGGGGGGAACCAGGUGGUGGAAAUGCCUGUUAUGAACACUGCCCCUUAAGGCAGCUCAUGCCUCUUGUCCCUACCGAUGUGAUGUCCUUUUCUUCAUUUCAGGUUAGUCUCCUAACUUGGGGUAGAGAGAAUAUGCUGCUGGAGCUAGCGAGAAAGUUUCCUGGUUAACACAUUCUUGAUUACAAUGCUUCCUGCACAGUCACAUCAGGAAGAGAAGGCCCCUUGCAACGGACAUCCCCAAACCCCCGAUACUCCUCAUUCUUCCUCCUCCUCCUCCUCCUCCCCUUUGCUAUCAUCUAACUGAGCAUUCCUGGGAGGGGGAGUUGUUUGUUUUUUCCAGAACUGAACACAGCCUCCUAAUUCCAUCCUUUUUACAAGGGCUUAUGAAACUGAGGCUGAUUACAGCAUGUUCAAGGGCCCUGAGCGCUUCGCUCUUGUUCCACGCCACUAAUGAAUUCUCCUCUUAGAAAAAUAUUUUGCUUCUCACUGCAGCUUACAGAAGGGCUACAAGCUUUAAUCAUGAAUCAUUUCCUCUGGUAGAACUUUCCCUCUUUUUCGUCCCCUGCAGAAGUAAGGCUUUCCUGCCCCUUUGGUGUUAGCAGUUACAGGACUGUGCCCAUAAGGCUUUAAUGCUUGAUUGGCUUUGCCCACGCGACUUAUCAAUUUGCCUUAAAUGUGGAGCUAUUGGACACCUUCCACACAGUAAGUGAAGUUGUGCUGGUAUGCCUCCAGGAAGUGCAAGAAAAGGAGAAAAAUGUGCUCACCAGCCCACAUCCCUUUUGGCUGGUCUUUUCUCUGUCAUUCUUGGGCUGCAAAAGAUGGGCAAACGCAGCCCACCCAUAGGAGAAUGAGGAGGGCCGCACCAUCUCUAGGACAGGAACUGUCAAGUCGUAGCUCUUGGGGGGGGAGGGGUAGAAAAUCCACAGUUCUCACCACCUCUCACCUGACCCUCCAUCAACUCUCUUGAACCUGUGCAAAUGGACGGAGCAAAAGAAAAUGGAAAGAGAUGUUUGUCAGCACACAGGGACCUUUGCUGGCCCGAGCACAACUCCAUAUUGAUGUAUCAGAGACCCAGAGUUUCACUGCCACUUGUGUUAACCUCCAUUCUGUGUGGCAUGUGGCCAAAGAAACAUGUCAGUGUGCUCACCCAUUCGAGGCCUGAGCCGGGGGGUGGCCAUCUUGAGAUAAGAGGAAGGGCAAUCUCUUAGAAGGAGUGGUCCCACUUAUUCUUUUUUUGUUUGUUAGAGAGAACAGGAGUUGAGGGAGCUGAUUUCCAGGCUCGGAUGCCUCCCGGAGGGGCGCCCGUACGGUGCAGGCAGGUGGGCAGCUGCAGGGGCAACGGGCAGGGUGAAUGAUUCGAGGGUCACACCAGCUGUGUGGGCAUCUUGUGAAAUUGCCAUGCAGCCACAUUGCCAUUCAAACUCAGUUCUGGGGUUGUUUUGCAUAAAGUUUUGCCAAUGUGUUCUUUUUUCUGUAUGUAUAAAUUGCCUUUUUAUAAAAGGUUUUGAAGUAUUGUCUCAGUGAUAAAAAGAGAGCGAUGUUAACAGUUGUUGUAAAUCUCACCGUAUCCAAUUGUAAGUAUUUGCAGGGUACAGCGAAGCCUUAGCGUGCAAGAGCAUUUAUCUGUGCAGAAGGUGUCCUUCAACACCCAGGAGGUGAAGGGAUCGGAAAGGUUCGGAUUCUUUGUAAAUGUCCCACUUUUCUUUCUCUGUGUGUAUCUAUUGACAUGCCUUAGCACACGCCCUCCCUCCCUGAUCCCUUUGCCCUGUCACUAGAACAUCCAGAAUGCUGGUGCACUGCCAGUAGAACAAGCCGAUGGAACCCUAACCAGUUAUCUCUCGUGUGACAGGGGAGGAAGAGAAACUCCAUAGUAUUCUUUGUAGAAUAUACAUACCUGUAGGAUGCUGUGUAAUGGGAAACCAUAGAAUUGGGCUUUUGUCAUUUCAAAGUUGGAGAAAUGUAUGAA